AUGCCUACUUGCAUCGUCUGCCUGGAGGUCCUCAAGGACCCGGCCGCCUUACCUUGUGGCCAUGUAUUUUGUUACUCAUGCAUCGUCAAGAUAGUCCGAAGCAUUACCCCGUACACUACCCGCCACUUCUGUCCCACAUGUCGGCAUCCCUAUACAGUCGCGCACGUCGAUCCUAACCUAGUCCCGCAUCACCUCCAGCCACAUGUCUCUCCUGCGAUCCGCAGGCUCCACCUCGAAUACAGCUCUCCGAGCUCGUCUACCGCAGAGUCGUCUGCCGCGGAAUGCGACCGCCUGCGCGCGGAGGUGGCGUCGCUCCAGGCGUGUUGUGUCGUCUGGCGCAAGCGUGCUGCGGUGCAUGCUGCGGCCACGCUGGGCGUGAUUGGCCUGGCCCGGAUGGCGCGCGACACCGCGAUGAAGAUGAAGACGGAGCGUGAUGAGUUCGAGGCGAAGCACCUCGCAUUGCAGAAGACGUUCGAGGAAUCACAGCGGACAGCCCCGACCCAGCCAACCCCGCCGACACUCCCCAAAUUCUGCGACGUCUUCUGCGCAACGCCGCUCCCGCUGUCUGCCGGGAACUUCCGCACAGCCUCGCGCUCUUCCUUCCGCAUGCCUUCGCCCUCGCUGAGCGACGAUAGCUACUGCUCCGACUGCGCCGAAUGCUCACAGGGCAGCGUCAAGCGGAAGCGGAUCGACGAGCGCGACGAGGAAGUUGCGCCGCUCAAGCGCACGCGCUCCAACUCCUCCGGCUCCUCGCCCUCUCCAUUUGCGAAGCUCGCGCUCGCGGAGAGCUUCGAGCGCAAGCCGCUGAUAUGUCCCGACGCCAGUUAUUGAAAUCACCGUUUCGCCCGAUCCUGACAAACAAUUUCCUGGUAUCUCUGUCUCGCCCAUGCUCUCGUGUUCGCUUUGUCCAUCAUCUCCGGUUAUUAUUAUUCCAAUUUCGUGUUUUCUAUGAAAUGGACGGCGCGUACUUGACGACGCUGGUAGAACCUUGUGUUCGCGACUUGUAUCCCCCACUCUGCGCCCAUGCACACCGAUUCUGAUGAAUUGUAUUAUAGGAUGU